UUGAAGUCCAUAAUUCGGUCAUAGAUGGUAUCGAAUGGAGGUGGAAAGUAUCAUGUUUGUUAACAUAUGGUUGAMACCUUUAUUAGAAUAUGAAUGCAAUAACAUACUCAAACUUUGAUAAUCAAGAACAUGUUUUGAAAUUAGGCGAAACAUUUGAGAAACAACCCAAAGGCGCUUACCACACGGUGAGAUAUGACUUUAAACCAGCCUCCAUUGACACCGCCUGUGUGGGGGAGCUGGAGGUGGGAAAAGGAGAACAAGUUACUAUCACACUGCCCAAUCUGGAGGGAUCCACUGCCCCUGUAACAGUCUUCAAAGGAUCCAAGAGGCCUUAUAUGAAGGAAUGUAUUCUCAUCGUAAACCACGAUACURGAGAGUACCGUCUGGAGAAACUCAACAGCAACAUUGCUGUCAAGAAGACCAGGGCUGAAGGCAGCAGUAAGAUCCAGUCUCGUAUAGAGCAGCAGACCAGUCGUCUGAGCCAGCAGAUGAAGACUAGUGGUAAUGGCAGCAGCAGCAAGACCCCAGCAGGCUCCAAGAGUUCUCCUCCCAAAGAGAAUAUGUCCCCUGCCUCCCCCAUGGAUGACAUUGAGAGAGAGCUAAUGGCAGAGGCGCGGGUCAUGGACCAGAUGAGUAGUGGGGACUCGUCCUCAGACUCCCACAGCUCCUCAUCCUCCAGUAGUGGGGACAGUUCCAGCGGUAGUGACUCUGAGGAUGAGUCCCGGCACCCCCCCCCCCCUAGACCCCCUGGGGGUCCCCCCACAGGGCCACCACCCCACCAGGGCAUGCCUGUCCUCACCACUGUCACCACCACCACCUCCCCACCAUCACCAACUCGCAGUGGAGGACACCUAUUGAGCACAUUAAAGAAUGACCUGCAAUUAAGUGAGUCUGGCAGUGAAAGUGACGAUGACUGACCAGUGAGUGACACUAUAAUACUGUGGGUGUGUUCAAGA